AACCCUCAUGGAUCAUAACCCUCCUGAGAAAUCCACUAGCCUCUCAAGAAACGUCAAUGGUUUUGCAGGUCAUGAACACCCCCCUGCGGAGGAGGCUAAUGAGGCUUCCCCUGUUCCUGAAUUAUCCCUCCUUCAGGUCCUGGAGGAUGUUGAUGGAUUUCUUGAGACUUUAUCCAAGCCAAAUGAUAAUCCUCCAGAGGUUCCAGGCUGUGUAGAAUUGUUGUUGAAAAUGGUUGAAAAAAAGAUGGCCAACUAUGAUUCCAACAAGUUUGGCCAUAACCCAGAAGAAGAUUCGUCAUUCUUUGAAUGUUUAACUCGCAUUUCCAGGUUCACUAAUUUAUUCAGUGAAUUCACUUCCAAUCCAAUAAUAGAUGCUCCCCUUAAUAGAUCGAGCACUGUCUUGCAUCUAUCCGUGUCGUUGUUGGACAUCGAGUUCAGAACAAUUCUAGAGAGUUGCAUUCGCAAUCCCAACCAAAAUAAUUCAGAUUCCAGGACCCCAAAGGCUUCAAAACAACCAUCUUUCGGCUCCCAUCGUCAGGAUUCUGAUCGAGGCGAACCAGAAACUACCCAAGACGAGGACUUCCUUGCUUAUUCCCAAGAAUCAAUCUCCAACAUGAACAAAAUCGCUACUGCGAUGAUCUCACUGGGUUACGAGAGGGAGUGUUGUAUGGCUUAUAACAUGAUGAGGAGAAAUGCAUUCAACAACGAAUUGGACAAGCUAGGAUUCAGCAAUACAAGCAUCGAAGAUGUGCAAAAGAUGAAUUGGGAAACUCUGGAAGGAGAAAUCGCUGCUUGGAUUGACUUUCUGAGGUACUGUUAUUCAGUUCUCUUCGCUGGCGAGCAGAAGCUUUGCAACUUUGUGUUUUCAGAGUACCCGUCAGUCUCCCAAAGAUUAUUCAGCGAUCUUGCAUUAGCAGUGACUGCAAGGUUUCUCAUUUUCGCAGAAGCCGUUGCAUUGACAAAACGAUCAGCGGAGAAACUAUUCAAGUUCUUGGACAUGUACGAGACCUUGAGGGAUGUGACUCCUCCCACUGAUAAUACUCAUUCCAGCGAAUUAAAAUACGAAACAUGCGCUGCUAAAAGCCUGCUCGGAGAAGCAGCUAUCAGCAUUUUCUGUGAUCUAGAGAAUUCAAUAAGGAAAGACCAUGGCAAAACUCCUGUCCCAAGCGGUGCAGUUCAUCCCUUGACUCGCUACACCAUGAAUUAUCUAAAAUACGCCUGUGAGUAUAAAAACACAUUGGAACAAGUCUUCCAUAAGCACCGGAAAACGGAGGAGGGAGAUGCCGGCGGAAAGCCCAAUCAGUCGGAUGCAGAGAUCAUAGAAGGCGCCAAUGAAGAUGGCACGCCAAAAACGUCGCCUUUUUCAGUGCAGCUUAACAGGAUAAUUGAUUUGCUGGAUGAUAAUCUUGAAAUGAAAUCGAAAUUGUACAGAGAUCCUGCAUUGCGCUACGUGUUCUUGAUGAACAAUGGAAGAUAUAUACUGCAAAAGAUCAAAGGAUCUACUGAGAUUAACGACACGAUGGGUGCGAAAUGGUGUCGAAAGCGAUCCACGGACCUGAGGCAAUACCAUAAGGGAUAUACAAGAGAGACUUGGAGCAGAUUAUUGCAGUGUCUGAACCAUGAAGGGUUGCAGGUGAAUGGGAAGGUGGUGAAGCCAGUAUUGAAGGAGAGGUUCAAGAUGUUUAACUCCAUGUUUGAUGAGAUACACAAGACGCAGAGCACAUGGGUGGUAAGCGACGAGCAGCUUCAAUCUGAGCUUCGGGUUUCGGUGUCAGCAGUGGUUAUUCCGGCUUACCGGUCAUUUCUGGGGCGCUUCCAGCAGUACUUGUCGUCGGGUAGACAAACGGAGAAGUAUAUAAAAUACCAAGCGGAAGAUAUUGAGAAUUUGAUUGGUGAAUUGUUUGAUGGAAACCCAAAUUCCAUGAGAAGGAGGAGAUGAUAGUAAUUAUUCAUAAAGACAAAUUGGAAGAAAAGAAAGAUAAUCAAUAGAUUGUUUUUCUUGAUCAGCUCAUUCAUGUGCUAUAUUUUUCUGAACUCAGUUUCAAUGUGAAUUUAUUUGAUUUGUGUAAAAUUUUCAGGCUAUCAUUAAUUUUUUUUUUAGCUUAA